AUGGACGAGGUCGACAAGAUCCUCAUCCACUCGCUCCGCCUCUCCGGAACGCAGGUCCCCGAGGAGGUGCAGAGCCUGCGGGAGUUCACCACGGAGCUGAUCGUGGAGUCAGUGGUGCGAUGCCUCCGCGUCAUUCACCCGUCGCUAGGCGCCAGCCUCUGCCACGUGCUGCCCCCUGGCAUGUCGGCCCGGUUCCGCGUCGGCACCAGCCUGGCCCAGGCCUGCCAGGAGCUGGGCUACCAGGGUGAGGUCGGGUACCAGACUUUCCUGUACAGCAGCGAGCCCGAGAUCCGGCGCCUCCUGCUGUUCCUGGUGGAGAAGCUGCCCAGGGACGACGCUGAGGACGCCAGGCAGCCGGCCGGGAAGUCGGCCGGGCUACUCCGCGCCAUCGCCACGACGAUCAAGGAGCAGCUGGGGACGCCCUGGGUGCCCCCCGCCUGUCGCACCCCCCGGCUACAGCGGCUGCAGGGCACCUCUCUGCUGAAACCGUUUCACGCCCACCCCUUGGUCCUGCCCCGCGAUUCGGGGCCGGCUCUGACCUCCAUGUCUACCCCCCCAGAGCGCCGGGAGUUUUUCGGGAGGUUCCUGCCCCCAGUGCCGGCCCAGCCCCCCCAGCCGGGCGCCGUGGCCCCCUCCCUGCUGGAGCGACACGCGGGCGACCUGGGGGCGCAGCACGACUGGGAGGCCGACUGGCAGAGCCAGGGGCUGGCGUCUCGCCUGCCCCCCAAGGAGUAUGUGCAGUGGAAGCGUCAGCGGCUCCAGCGCCGCCUGCUGGACCAGCUGCGUCAGGCUGCUCCCCCCCACGGCGCUGCCGGCCCCCCCCAGCCAGGGGCGCCCGACCUGGCCCAGCUGCUGGGCGCGGGGGGCACCAGGGGGCCCCUCGCCAAGGGGUCCCGCUUCAGCCACGCCCAGCGCCUGGCGCACGAACAGGACCCUCAGGAACUUGUGGGGCAGAUGCAGGCGGCGGUGGAAACUCUCCCGUCUUCCAAGACCUCGGAGCAGGUAGCAGGGGGGACCCCAGUUCGGGGCAGGGUGGGGGGUGUGACGGGAGGUGCAGGCGCGGCAGGAGGAGGAGCUGGCCGCCUGCGGGGGGAGCUGCAGCGCCUGGAGGCCGAGAUGGACGCUGUGGGUGGGGAGGUGAAGGUCCUGGAGCUGAGCCUCAGCCAGGCGGAGGCGGGGCUGCGGCAGCAGCGUCUGGCUCUGGGGGGGCGCAAACAGACCCUGCAGGUGAAGAGCCGGGCCCUGGAGCUGCUCCCCCAGGCUGAGAACAACCUGGCCAAGCUGCAG